UUCUCAGUACAGAAUCUUAACUGCAUCCCAAACGCCAAGUACAAGAAGUAAAAAUGUCUUUAAAUUAGAUAACGAUCUGGGGUAUAUUCAGAAGCGUACUCGUACUGGAGAUGCAGUUGUAAGAUAUCCCCGAUUCUCACCCAUCAUCUCACCAGAAAAAUAUUAUUUGAGCAUUUUGCAACUCUUUCUGCCAUAUUUUGAAGAUGGACAAUUAAAGCCCCCAACAUUUGAAACACAUGAAGAGUUCUACGAGACAGGUUCUGUGAAAAUAUGUGGACGUGAAUUGGAGAAAGUCUGGUCAAUUGUCUGUACUAACCGAAAAAAGUUUGAAAUGAAUGCCGAUGCAAUUGAUCAUGCACAGGAGCAGCUUGACAAAUUUGGUCCACACGAAGAUGCAUGGGGUCUUUUAUGUCCGGAAAAGGAAGUAGAGCGACUUGAACAUCCCAAAGAAAAUGUAGAUGUCGAAGACUGUGAUGGAGAUCUUGAUAUCCCUGAUUUAAAGAAUGAACCGAAAAAAGAUGACUAUAGCAUCGAACUACGUUCAGUAAAAAUUUCCAAACAAGAUGGACAUUCUUUGAUGAGGUCUUUGAAUGAGAAGCAACAGAGUGUUUUUUACAAAAUACGACAGUGGUGUUUAGAUAGAGUAAAUGGAAAAUCGGUCGAACCGUUUCAUAUGUUUCUAACUGGAGGUGCUGGCACCGGAAAGAGUCAUUUGAUCAAAUGUCUUUACUAUGAAGCAACACGUAUACUAGCCCGAAUGUUGCCACAUCCUGAUGAUGUCUCAGUAUUGAAAAUGGCUCCAACCGGAGUAGCUGCAUACAAUAUCAAUGGCCAUACUAUACAUAGUAUUCUUUCUAUUCCAAUCAAUGCACAAGUACUGUAUCAACCGCUGAGUGAUGAGAAAAUAAGUGUCCUUCGAAAUAAGCUGGCUGAAUUGCAAAUUUUAAUCAUAGAUGAAGUAUCAAUGGUAGAUCAAAAGAUGAUGUCUUACAUUCACGGCCGCCUACGACAAAUAAAACAAUCACGCGAUCAAACUGCUUUUGCUGGUGUUUCAGUUAUUGCUGUGGGAGACAUGUAUCAGUUACCUCCAGUCUUAGGAACUCCUUUAUAUAAAGACACACUCAAUGGUGCAUUGUGGAAUGCUAAUUUCAAGAAAGUAGAACUUGAAGACAUUAUGAGACAAAAAGACGAUACCCAAUUCGCUUUUCUCUUAAAUAGAUUACGUGUAAAACAAGGGGAAGAGAUUCUCUGUGAUGAAGACCUAGCAAUGCUCAAGUCCUGUGAGACUGGUGAAGAAUGUGAAAAUGCUCUGCAUAUCUAUGCAUGUAACAAUGAAGUAGAUGCUUGGAACAAGAAAUUAUUGCAUACAAAAUGUGGAGAUGUGAUAUGCGUAAAAGCACAAGACAUGGACAAAGAUGUUAAAAAAGGAAAUCAAAUACGGGAAAAACCUUAUACAAAGAUGAAAACCCAGUUGCCUCCUUAUCUGUGGAUUGCAGUUAAUGCUAGAGUGAUGUUGCUCAAAAACAUUGAUGUUAGUAAAGGCCUGACAAAUGGAUGUUUCGGAAAUGUAACAGAAAUAAUAACGGAUCAUACAAAUUUGAAUCCAGUUUGCAUCAAAGUUAAUUUUGAGAAGGCCGAUAUUGGUAUUCAUUCAAUCGAAAUGUCUCAAGAAUCCAUUGGUAAGAAAUAUGUGAGAAAACAAUUUCCACUUAAGCUUGCUUAUGCUUGCACAAUUCAUAAAGUACAAGGUUCGACAUUAGACAAAGCUGUUGUAUCAUUAAAAAAUGUAUUUCAAUCUGGACAGGCAUAUGUUGGGCUUAGUCGCGUUACUUCGUUAUCUGGACUUGUGAUAGAACAUUUUGAUCCUAAACGUAUAUAUUGUAAUCCAGAAAUUAAAGAACGCAUUGAGAUUAUGAAGCCGUUUAUCGAGAAUGAAACUUCUGAAGAUAUUCACGAUUAUAACUUUUCUUUGGUAAUGCAAAAUGUACAAGGAUUAAAACAGCAUUUUAUCGAUUUCAAAUCCCAGUGCCAAUUUGUGAAUGUAGAUUGUAUUUGCUUGACCGAAACAUGGAUUAAUGAUAAUGAUCUCUGUGACGUUGUUUUAGAUAACUUUCGAUUUUAUCAUCAGCCACGACAUCUUUCAUACUGUAAUUCUGGAGUUGGAAAUGUACUCAAAGAACAAUCGCAUGGAGGUGUUGGAAUGUAUAUCAAGAAUACAUAUUCAAGUAGAUUAGACAUAUCUGUCGACAACUUAGAGUUUAUUGCAAUUCUUGUCACCAAACCAGUUUCUGUUGUGAUUUCAGUUGUUUAUCGACCUCCAUCAUAUAGUAUCAAAUCAUUCUGUGAAUCAUUAGACAAUUUGCUAGAUGCAUUACACAAAAGAAGCAUUAGGUGUAUUGUGAUGGGAGAUUUUAAUGAGGAUUUGUUUAAAGGUUCUUCACAGGUAAACAAGCUAAUGUGUAAUAAAGGUUACAAACAGCAUGUUGUAAAUGCUACUACUGAGAAGGGAACAAUGAUAGAUCAUGUGUACAGCAAAGGACUAGAUUUAUUGGAAACAGAGGUCAUCCCUACAUAUUAUAGUUACCACGAAGCUGUUAAGAUUGCAUUUUGAUAUUUAUUGUAAGGCCAAAUAAAAAAAUAGAACAUGUUUAGCGUCCUGUUUUUUGUAAAAAAAGGAAGGAGGCCCUUUACACCUGGAGUAAUUUGGCAAUUCUAUGACAUAUCUUUUUGCUUUGAAAAUGUUACAUUGGGGGUGCAUAGACAGAAUACUUUUUAAGUCAAAUGCUUUCAUUAAAUAAUGUUAACACUU